AUGAUGAGAGGCGCCAUUUUUCAAAGAUUUAGAUUUCGAGCAUUCUCCUUCCCCUGCCUUGAUUCUUAUGUUGUUCAUGGGAGUUGCUACAGAACCUUCUCAGCUGCCACAGAGCUCCGGAGUCGCGAAGUUUCGAUAUGUAAUCACUUGCAAAACCGUAGACUCGACGAGGCUCGAGAUGUUUUUAACCAGGUUCCGUCUCCUCGUGUGAGUCUCUACACCAAGAUGAUCUCUGGAUACACGAGGAACAACAGAUUGGUUGAUGCGUUGAAUCUGUUCGACGCAAUGCCUGUGAGAGAUGUUAUCUCAUGGAAUUCGAUGAUCAGUGGCUGUGUGGAGUGUGGGGAUAUGGAUACCGCAGUGAAGCUGUUCGAUGAAAUGCCUGAGAGAAGCGUAGUUUCCUGGACAGCGAUGUUGAAUGGGUUUCUUAGGUCGGGGAAGGUUGAGCAAGCGGAGGGGUUGUUUUAUCAGAUGCCUGUGAAAGAUACUGCAGCUUGGAACGCGAUGGUUCAUGGGUAUUUACAGCUUGGUAGAGUAGACGAUGCUUUGGAGUUGUUUGAGCUAAUGCCUCGGAAGAAUGUGAUUUCUUGGACGACGAUGAUUUGUGGGUUAGAUCAGAACGAGAGGAGUGGAGAAGCUCUUGUUUUGUUCAAGAACAUGCUGGAUUGUUGCAUUAAGGCGACUUCAAGAACAUUCACUUGUGUAAUCACUGCAUGUGCAAAUGCUCUAGCGUUUCAUAUGGGUACACAAGUUCAUGGUUUCAUCAUCAAGUUGGGGUUUUUAUAUGAAGAAUAUGUAUCUGUUUCCCUCAUAACGUUUUAUGCAAACUGCAAAGGAACAGAGGCUUCGAGGAAAGUGUUUGACGAGAAGGCUCGUGAACAAGUUGCUGUGUGGACUGCUCUAUUGUCAGGUUAUAAUCUGAACAAAAAGCAUGAAGAUGCCUUAAGUGUUUUCUCAGUGAUGUUGAGAAACAGUAUCUUACCGAAUCAGUCAACAUUUGCUAGCGGAUUAAACUCUUGCUCUGCUUUGGGAUCAUUGGAUUGGGGUAAGGAGAUGCAUGGCGUUGCAGUGAAACUUGGUUUAGUAACUGAUGCCUUUGUGGGUAAUUCUCUAGUUGUCAUGUACAGUGACUGUGGAAAUGCAAAUGAUGCCGUUAUGGUGUUUACUGACAUCUUAAAGAAGAGCAUUGUCUCUUGGAAUUCAAUAAUUGUUGGCUGCGCGCAGCAUGGACGUGGUAAAUGGGCCUUUGUCAUAUUCGGUCAAAUGAUUAGAUUAAACAAAGAGCCAGAUGAGAUUACUUUCACUGGCUUGCUCUCUGCUUGCAGCCACUGCGGGUUUCUACAUAAAGGAAGAAAGAUUUUCGAAUACAUGUCAAGAGGACCAAAUCACAUCGAUAGAAAGAUUCAACACUACACUUGUAUGGUAGAUAUCUUGGGAAGAAGCGGGGAACUGAAAGAAGCAGAGGAGCUUAUCGAGAGCAUGUUUGUGAAACCUAAUGAAAUGGUUUGGUUGGCUUUACUCAGUGCUUGUAGGAUGCAUCAUGAUGUUGACAGAGCCGAGAAAGCUGCUGCUGCCAUUUUUCAGCUGGACUCAAAAUCAAGCGCUGCUUAUGUCUUGUUGUCUAAUACAUAUGCUUCUGCUGGUAGAUGGUCGAAUGUAUCGAAAUUGAGAAUAAAGAUGAAGCAGAAGGGGAUAAUGAAGAAACGUGGGAGCAGUUGGGUUGUGUUUAAAGGGAAAAAGCACGAGUUUUUCUCAGGUGAUCGACCAGAUAGCUUGAGAAUAUAUGAGAAGUUGGAGUUUCUGAAAGAAAAGUUGAAGGAGCUUGGCUAUGUACCUGAUUAUAGAUCUGCUUUACAUGACGUUGAAGACGAACAGAAGGAAGAGAUGUUGUGGUAUCACAGUGAGAGGCUUGCUAUUGCGUUUGCGUUGGUUAAUACAGUCGAAGGAAAUGCAGUCACAGUUAUGAAGAAUCUACGAGUUUGUGAAGAUUGUCACGCAGUGAUUAAGCUGAUCUCAAGAGUUGUGGGACGUGAGAUUGUUUUAAGGGAUCCAACUCGGUUUCAUCAUUUUAAGGAUGGGAUAUGUUCUUGUGGGGAUUAUUGGUAGACAAGCGACCAGAGAAGGUUACAAACUUUGAUUCUGUGAUGUGAGAAGACUUUACCAAGAUAUGGUUAUGAUGUCAAAUCUACAGGUCUAUUCGAAAUCCAGUAAAGGAGCAUUCUGAGCGUGAAUUAAAAGGAUCCGGCAUGCUGCUUCCCGAGAACGGUCAAUCCCUGGGUAACCGACCUUGUAAUGCAAACAUUCUUCCACAAGUUGGUGGAGGAAACACAAGCAACAAUACUUACUUGGGAGGCCAUGAGACAGAACACAGCCAAGAGUGUGGAGAUAGCGCUGUAGAGAGAAAUACAGAUACUCUUUCGCAUGUUUGUGAAGCUGAUGAAAAAAAUGUUGUUAAUGAUGGAUGUCCUGAGAAUAAGCAAAGUGACGAAUUUUUACACAGCCAUGUAGCAUAAACUGAACAGGAUUAUGUGAAAAUUUGAAAAACAUCGAGUCUUUGCCUGUAUGAAAUCGGAGUGCUGAUUUGAACCCAACAACAAGAUACUAGUAGGGUAGACAGAUAUUCUUCAGUUUCCGCAGCUGAACAUACAUUC